AUGGAGAUGGGUAAACUGGUGGUGAACAUCAUGAGUGUGUAUGCGGCGCAACAAGGUUGUGCAGACGAAGAGAAGGAGAAGUUUUGGGAGGAGUUGGACGAAGAAGUGAGAAAAAUUCCAGCUGAGGAGAAACUAUGGAUAGGGAGUGAUUUCAAUGGACACGUUGGUGGUGAUAACACAAGCAGAGAAGAGACAAUGGGGAAAUUUGGUUAUGGUACUAAGAAUGAUGGUGGGGAAGAACUCGUGACAUUCGCGAUGAGGCAUAAUUUGUGGAUCGUUAACACGUUCUAUAAGAAAGCCACUAGGCACAAGAUCACCUACCAAAGUGGAGGCACUCAGUCACAAAUAGAUUACAUCCUCUGCCGCUCAAAUGACAAGAAUACGAAAGACUGUAAAGUAAUUCUUGGGGAAAGCAUCACAAACCAACACCGACCAGUCAUUUGCACACUUAAUGUUGUGAAGUCAAAACCCGAGACGAAGUCAAGAACCCAGAAAAUCAAGUGGUGGAAGCUAAAAGAAGCGCAGAGCAGAGGUGAUUUUACAGAUAAGGUUAGAGAGACCCUAGAAAGACGUAGACAGGAAGAGAGAGCCCAGAGUGCAAAGUGUGGAAAUAGAAUGCGGAAGAAAGAAAAGGCCACAUACAGGGUGAGGAGGAAAUUAAGCAGUGUUAGCACUUUAAUAUUCCCAGCAUUGCUACCUAUCUAUACUCACCUUGAAUUUGAAAAUUUUAAGCUGGUAGAAGUCAUCGACUAG